GUUUUCGCAUCACCAUGAACUACACUUGUCUACGCAUCACCAUGACGCCGAUUUGUUAUGCAAGUGCAAUGAUAGUCUUCAUAUUAAGAAUACAUUUUUGUACGGCGGAGGCUGAUCACGUAAUAAAACCACAGAUAGUUGGUGCCAGUAGCCAACUAUCAGAGAAAGAAAUAUUCCGUUCAGAAUUGCCUAUUCCCAUUAAACUGAACUAUGACAAUCAACAAAUUUAUAAUAAUAAUAGGCUUCCGAUUGUAAAAUCAGAAACUGAGAACAUGCUCAAGAAUACAUUUUACCAAGAUUAUGAUGAGCCUCCUUCUGACUUCGCUCUGAAAAGGUUUUGGGGAAAGUGGAGAAGAAGGAGAACGUCUACAAGGCCCCCAACAAGCGUAUCUUCGGAUCCAGCAUCAACAGUACCUCCGACCACUUCCACCGCCAUACCGACAUCAACUGAAACGCCAACAACAUCUACUGCAUUACCGACAUCAACUGAGAUGGUAACCACAUCCACAGCGAUUCCAACGGCGAUUCCCUCAACUCAAUCUCCAGCAACGUCCACUGCCAUACCAACAUCAACUGAGACGCCAACAACAUCCACCGCCAUACCGACAUCAACUGAGACGCCAACAACAUCCACCGCGAUCCCGUCAUCUACAACAACCACGACACAAUCUCCAACAACAUCAACAGCGAUUCCAACGUCUACAACAUCCACAACACAGUCUCCCACAACUUCCACAGCAAUUCCAACGUCGACGACAACCACAACACAGACUCCAACAACUUCAACAGCAAUUCCAACGUCUACAGGAAGCACUACACAGUCUUCAACAACAUCCACAGCGGUUCCAACGUCUAUAACAACCACAACUGAGUCAUCGACAACAUCAACGGCGAUUCCAACCUCUACAACAUCCACAACACAAGCUCCCACAACUUCUACAGCAAUUCCGACGUCCACGACAACCACAACACAGACUCCAACAACUUCAACAGCAAUUCCAACGUCUACAGGAAGCACAACACAGUCUUCAACAACAUCCACAGCGGUUCCAACUUCUAUAACAACCACAACUGAGUCAUCGACAACAUCAACUGCGAUUCCAACGUCUACAACAUCCACAACACAGUCUCCCACAACUUCCACAGCAAUUCCGACGUCCACGACAACCACAACACAGACUCCAACAACUUCAACAGCAAUUCCAACAUCUACAGGAAGCACAACACAGUCUUCAACAACAUCCACAGCGGUUCCAACUUCUAUAACAACCACAACUGAGUCAUCGACAACAUCAACUGCGAUUCCAACGUCUACAACAUCCACAACACAGUCUCCCACAACUUCCACAGCAAUUCCAGCAUCGACGACAAGCACAACACAGACUCCAACAACUUCAACAGCAAUUCCAACGUCUACAGGAAGCACAACACAGUCUUCAACAACAUCAACAGCAAUUCCAACGUCUAUAACAACCACAACUGAGUCAUCGACAACAUCAACUGCGAUUCCAACGUCUACAACAUCCACAACACAGUCUCCCACAACUUCCACAGCAAUUCCAACGUCGACGACUACCACAACACAGUCUCCAACAACUUCAACAGCAAUUCCAACAUCUACAGGAAGCACAACACAGUCUUCAACGACAUCAACAGCAAUUCCAACGUCUAUAACAACCACAACUGAGUCAACGACAACAUCAACAGCAAUUCCAACAUCUACAGGAAGCACAACACAGUCUUCAACGACAUCAACAGCAAUUCCAACGUCUAUAACAACCACAACUGAGUCAACGACAACAUCAACAGCGAUUCCAACAUCUACAACAUCCACAACACAGUCUUCCACAACUUCUACAACAAUUUCAACGUCGACGACAACUACUACACAGUUUCCAACAACUUCAACAGCAAUACCAACGUCUACAGGAAGCACAACACAGUCUUCAACAACAUCCACGGCAAUUCCAACGUCUAUAACAACCACAACUGAGUCAUCGACAACAUCAACAGCGAUUCCAACCUCUACAACAUCCACAACACAGUCUCCCACAACUUCUACAGCAAUUCCAACGUCGACGUCUUCCACAACACAGUCUCCAACAACUUCAACAGCAGUUGUUCCUAUAGAAUAGACAUCAAUUUGAUUUUCGCGCAUUAUAUUAUAUUAUAUUACUGCUUAUUUUACAAUUUGGGUUUCUACCCUAAAAAUAUAUAAAAUCCACUUUGUUAUAAGUCCAAACCUUUACUCCAAACGUUGCGCAAACAUA